AUGCUGCAGCACCACACAGGAGUCGCCGCCAAGCAGAGUGUAGUUAACCCUGCCUUUCUUAUUUCAGGUGGUGUUGGUAUUGCAGCCACCCAGCUGUGCAAGACAGUGAAGGAUGUGACUGUGUUCGGCACCGCAUCAGCCAGCAAGCACGAGACCAUCGGAGAGGGUGGGGUCACGCAUCCCAUCGACUAUCGCACCAAGGACUACGUGGAGGAAGUUCGCAAGAUCAGUCCGAAAGGGCUAGACAUUAUACUGGACCCUCUUGGAGGAUCGGACACCCAUAAGGCCUACAACCUGCUGAAGCCUAUGGGCAAACUUAUCACUUACGGUGCGGCGAACAUGCUGGCGGGCCAGAAGAAGAACCUGCUCGCCGUGGCCAAGAACUGGUACCACCAGUUCUCCAUCCACACACUCAGCCUCAUCCAGGGAAACAAGUCGGUGUGCGGCUUCCACCUGGGCUACCUGGACGGGGAGACAGAGCUCAUCACGGAGGCCAUGAACAUCAUCCUGGAUCUGUACAAGCAGGGAAAGGUCAAGCCCCGCAUUGAUUCCACUUGGCAUCUUGAGCAGGUGGGCGAUGCCAUGAGGAAGAUGCAGGAGAGGAACAACAUCGGCAAAGUCAUCCUCAGCACGGAGCCAAUGCCUGAGGAGGAGAAGAAGGAGGAGCCCAAGAAGGAGGACAAGAAAGAGGACAAGAAGAAGGAAGACAAGAAGAAGGACGACAAGAAGAAGGAGGAGCCCAAGAAGGAGGAGAAGAAGGACGACAAGAAGAAGGAGGAGCCCAAGAAGGAGGAGCCUAAAAAGGAGGAGGCCAAGAAGGAGGAAGAGAAGAAGGAGGAGCCCAAGAAGGAGGAGAAGUGAGAGAGAGGGAUGGAUAGUCAAGCAGACCAGCAGGGAGUUUGUGUCCUGGGAGCACAGGGAGUGGGAUGGUGGGGUGGGGUGGGGUGAUGGAUGGGGAUGGGGUGGCAGGGGGGGAGGGUGGCAUUGCAUAAGCAAGAAUGGGAAGGAGUUAGAGGGCUAGAUUACAAAGAUUAUCUCACCACUGUCAGUUUUCUACAUCUCUUUGCUUCACCCUCUCGAGUCCACACUGGUGGCGAUCACUCAGGCCUGGCUCCACCCACACCCCCUCGCUUACCAUUUUCUUACAAAACAAAAAAUGAUCCGAUCACUUUUCCCACCCUGAGUGCUCUGAACUCUUCCCCUUGCCUCACUCCUUGCGACACUCCAAAUAUUUUUUUCUCCUAUUCGGAACGACUGAGACAAGGGAGUCGUGGAGGACUGUGGGUAGGGUCCAGGCUUGGGGGACCGAGUGGUGGUGGUGGUGGGGGUUGUUGCCUUGACAACAGUUAUCCCCCCCGCCGCUCGUGCUCCAGUCCCACCCUCAUUCCCCCCCAUGCCACUCCGCACCUCAACUCCCACUGUGCUAAAUUGUUCUGCUCUGACUUCCACCUGCCACCUCCUCUCGUCUCCCCCUCUCACCCACACCCUCACUCUGCUGAGUCCCCGUCACACCCUCACCUCCCCCACCAACCCACGGGCCAGACCCACAGGCAGGCGUAAACACGGACGGGCGGCCAGGCAAACGAAGAACCACGCCCACCCACAUGUUGCUCUUUCUGCGUCCAACGCUCAAAGUUAUGUCACUGAUAGUGAGUCAGAGAUGCCUGUGAUUGGCUCAUGCACCCCACCUCCCCUGUAGAUAUUUGCAUCAUGGUUUUUGAUCAUGAUCUUCGACUAUGGUGUUGAAACUGCAGGGCCUGAAAUUUUUUAAUGUGGCUUCAUCAGCAGCGGGGGGGGGGGGUGGCCCUAUAACGCAUGCGUUCCAAACCAAAUUUCUGUUUAUUUAGUGGCUGAAGAAUAAGAAUUUCCCCUCAUAAUGAGCCUUUCUCUCUGUGCAACGUUGAACAGAAAUCAUGGCUCAGCUUCCUCCUCCUUAGCUACAGAUUUUUCUAGCUGACCAACUGUUGGCAAGAAGUGCGCGGUGCCAAUUAAGAGAGAAUUUGUUUCUGUUCAAACAAGCCACACACACACACACAAACAUACACACUCUGAAUGUGAUGAAAGAGGCACUGUCACGCUGAGACAGUGAAGCGUCUGAAAUGAGCAAGUUAAGAAGGUGAAUACCAGUUCUUUUUUCCUCGGGAUCAGCCUUUUUUUUUUUUUCUCCCCUGAUCCUCCUCGAGGCACUCUGUGGCAUUCUGCUCCUUUCACAGCGACCGCUCGCCUGUCGAUCACCCUGACCUGAGAGAGAGGAGAAUUCAAUUCAAGCCGGCGUCCAUACUUUGCCUCCCCUCCUUCUCUCUUCUGCCCCUCUCUCUUUCUCUCUCUCUCCCUCCUCUUUCCAUUUCCCUCUCUACGGUCGGCAUAGCAACAGGCGUCAGGCUCGUCAGAGAUGGCACUGUGGUCUGUUUCUCUGACUCCCUCUCCCUGUGUCUUUCCCUCCUGCCUCCCUCGCUCUGUUUGCCAAUAGUCAGAGCUGGGGACCAGUAUUUCAUCAGGUGUAAAAUUUAUUAAGAAUUCAUGAGGAAGUGAAGCCCCUUUUCAAAAGAUUUGUUAGUAUUGCACCACCAAGCUGUGCAUAAACGUUUAAAUCUAGUAUUGACAAUGUGUGCCAUUAGCAAUAUGCCAACUAAAACUGCACAACGCUCCCUCUAAUGGACAGUAUGAGUUUUGCCUUUUGCCUGGCUGGUGUCAAGUUAGAAGUUUAGGAGUAAAAUCCUCUAGUGUUUCAUUACAAGUCCCACUGGGUGGACUCCUAAAUCUUUCCCGUAGGUGGAUAUCAACCCUUAAACCUUAGGCAUUUAACUACCUGCCUGCCUGCCUGUCUGCCUGUCAGUCCGUCUGUGAGCCCGGCCUCUGUGUUGAGACUCAGAUGGUGACUAGUGACUUUGUAAAAAACUAAAUG